CUCCCACAAACGAAUUCGUGUUUUUUUACUAACUUCCCAGCAGUUUUCAUACCCAACGUUACACAUCGCAGAAGUGGAAAAUACAGUCAAAUCUGAUUGAAGAGUUCAUAACUUUUUGAACCAUAUCUUUCUGUGCGCUUGUUCUACAUUCCAACUGCGAGUGAAAGUGCUCAAGUCACAUUCAGUGAGCCGUGCCUUAAGCGGAAAACACAGAGGAGAUUUCCAACCCCCUUGGAGAACAUAAGGCGCUGACUGUCAGACGUCUUGCAGUUGUUUCUGGCUGAGAAACACAGACCCAACAUGGACGAGGCAGAGAAGUACCAGCAGAGAGUGCAGGCUAUAGAGGACAAGCGACGUAAGCAGCAGGACGACGAGAAAGCAAGGAGGGAGAUGGAGGAGGAGUGGCUGACGCAGGCCCAGCACAAGCGGAAGUCCUUGAGGGACCAGUGGCUGAGCGAGAACCCCCAGCCUGUCCCUGGGCACAGCGCUGAGAACUACACAGAGGAGUUGCCAACUGAAGAGGAUAUAGUGGAGGUCAUUGAAUCCACAAGCUACACAGUCACCAAUGCCCAGAACCACAGCCAGGCUGACAUUGAAGAGGGUGAGAUACAAGUCAUCGUCAGAGCUGCUGGGGGUCAGCUCCCGGGGCCAGUAAUGGAGAGGGUUCUCCAUGAGAAUGGACUGGAAGGUCGAUCAGUGCUGGGGAUGGUUGCAGUGCAGGUGGAGAGGGAUUCAAAGACAGGGGUCACCAAGAUCAGGUCUGUGGUGCCCGUGUCUGGAGCACCCAGGGCCUUGGGGGAGACGGUGUUCAAUGACAGCAGGAAGAGCGUCCACCACAUCGGUGGGGCAGAGGGGCAGCCUUCUGCUGAGGAGCUGGGACAGCUCCUUAGUGUCAUCAACGAUGUCGGGAUGCAAGUGCUGCUGGAUGAGAUCCCAGUUGUACCACAACAGAAGGCAGAGGAGAAGAUAGAGGUUGGUGGUGGGAUGGAAGAGGAGGUGGACAAUGUGGAGGACCUGCUGCACCUACAACCCUGGGCUACACUGAGGAAGAAGUUGAGGUUGUGGGGCAUGAGGAUGAUGAGAUGGACGAGGAGAUAGAAAUA